CACAACGCUGCAUCACAUGGGGGUGUCCCUGAGGGGUGACACGUGACACUGGGUUGCACGUUGGACCUUAUAGGGGCAGCAUAGCUGACGGGAAGAUAAUUUCAAUUGGCGUUUCUGGGCACCAGUCGAAAAGAACAGCUGGGACGGUGCCCAACGUCUACUUGUACCUCAUCUGCGCAGCCCAUCGCCUCCAAGAAAGAGGGGCCUCCUACCGGUCUGCACUUGGGCAGUGAAUGUGGCCUUAAGCGCUACCGUGACGUCGCUUGACGGUACUCCGCCGUGACAGUGCGCACAGGUUCAGGACGCGCCGCCUGUCAUCGAUGCGUCUCGCGCAGCAGUUGCCCGCUAACGCUUUUGUCAGCUACGCCCGCCCGUGCGUCGCUACUGAAGCGUUAUCCGCAUUUGGCUUCGCUAGGAAGCCACAGUGGUCGAAGAAGGAAGGCGUCCAUUCAACCAUUAAUACGUACGAAUCCAAACCGACUGGCUUAUGCCUUGAAGGCCACCGACCACCCUUGUUUUCUUGGCUUCCCAAUGGGGCACUGUGCCCUUUGCUCGUUGUUGAGAGACCCUUCGUCCGUCCCCACAGUGCCCAAUCUGUAGCGAUACAGGUUACAUGUUUUCUUCGGUGGCUGGCCGGAUUUCCGUAUGAUGGCAUGUGGGUGUGUGGGACAAGGCAUUAUACCGGCAAAUGGUGGCUUGGCCGGUUGUCGUGGGAACGACACUCGUCGGCUUGACCUACUUGUUGCACGCCGUCGUGUACGGGCUGACAAGUACCAGCUGGAAUGCUGCACCCUCCGCUCUGUGUCGAGUUCUGUGCACGGCAUCCCUCGGCUUUGUAGGGAUCUCCAACUCGUUUCUUGGUGCUCUUGGUGCGCGUGUUCCGGAUGAUGGCGAUCUGGACAAGCCUGCUUUUCAGCAGUCGCUGGCAGGUAGUCAGAGUCAAGAAACAACGUCUCCGGAAUCGCCUGCCUCCACGUCGUCAACGGACACUGUGCCUGUGCCACCCGUUUCCAGCCCCACGCCGGAGUCGAGCGACCGUAGAUCCCACCGACAAGGAGGCCGCACGACUGGAGUCUAUGGCAAGCGAAAUUGCUGCAAAGCUGCUAGCAGCCGGAGUGGAUCUCUCGCACGUCCCAGGCGACGCCUCGCUGACACCCGGAGCGAGCGAUCAGGGCCCGCGGGUUGGCGGCGACGCAGCCGCACCAGGUACGUCAAGUGCCGGUGCACCCCCAGGAAUGGCCAUGCAAUUGUACGUGCGUUUGGGUGUUGCCGCGCUGAGGAAGGAAGCGAACGAGCUCGAGGAGCUGUUGUCCAACAAGGCUCUGUACAUCGAGCAACACGCUGCGGAGAGCUUGGCACAGAGCCUCAGUCCGAAUCCACCUGAUUCCCUUCUAUUGAAGUGGCGGGGCCAAGCAAUAAGGUCCUAUUCUAGACAUGAGAGCCGCCGGAGAGAGCGGGCAGCGACUCUUCGGGCCCAGGCAGAUAUGUGGGAGGGCCGUCUGGCCUCAGGUGACUUGCUGCAGCAGGAUCCCGAUGAGGGCUCCUCCUCCAGGGAAACAGCGCCCCAACCAGCAUCGAAAUCGGACACUACACAAGGCCGACGAGCCGGCCGCCGCCGUGGACGUCAACAGGGGCAAGACGCAGGCGAGGGCACCGCAGCUACUGGCCCGAGUGCCCCGUCUGUGAGCAGCGCGUCGCCCAUGUCCCGCCUGGAGGGCUCACUAAGGGGUACACUGCUUGGGAGCAGCGUCGCGCUUCCAGAUGUGGGUAGGGUACCCUAUUUCAAACUUGCGAUUGAGAAUCUGCGACUCGAGGCACGGCGGAUUGAAGACAGAUGGCGAUCCUUGAAGCAAUACGUCACCAAUAGGAUUGCCAUAUGUAUGCUCGAAGAGAACACUCGGAGUCCGAGUCCACUUGUAAUUAGGCAUUGGAUACGGCGGGCGCGAAAACAGUACAGCCGCGUAUCAGGGCUGCGUGCAGUAGAAGCGGCCCUCCUGCAGAGGGUCGCGAGUGAUCUAGAACGGAAGGCGGCAGCAGAGGGUCUCCUGGUACGAAGCCCCCAGGAGACACCCCCUCAUCGACCUCCUUCCUCUACUGAUCUGCCAGGUGCUGGAUCGGAAGGAGGCUCAAGCGGAUUUCCACCCAGGCCGGCACCACGGGCGCCUGACCUUACGUUUGCGGACCUUGCCAUUUCGAACUUAAGGAGAGAUGCCGAGGCCAUCGAAGGCACGUGGAGUCACGGACUAGAGUACUACGUUGCCCAGCGCGCUGCCGUUCGCAUGGUGCGAGGUAACGAUCCCUCGCCUACACCCGCCACACAGCGUGAGUGGGCGUAUAAUGAUAAGAAGGGCUUCCGUGCCGAUGUUAUGGGGCAUCAGCAAAGGGCACGAGAUCUGAAGGAUAAGGCGAACGCCCUGGAACAGGAGCUUCGCGCCCUGCUCUCGUCGGCAUCGGGGCAAGUCCCAGAACCGCUGCGCGAAUCCGGAUCGACUGUAGAUCCAUCAGCGGAGCAGUCCGUCGAGCGUCCGUCAGGAAAAAGGAAACAGAAACGGAAGCACCUGUAUCAUAGCAGUGCCGAGAGCGCCGGCGAAGGCCCAUCCAGAGGCGGUGCUAUGCUUCCGGCGCUGCCCCUUUGGUUGACCCCAGUCUCGGCGGUGCACAUUGCGACUCGUCAAAGGGACCCCAGCAAUCCGCCUGUCGCUGUCGGGCCUUCUCCUGGAUCGUCGUCACCUGAGCAGCACUUGCCGGCUGCAAGACGCUCCCAAAGAGGAUCUGGUCCAUCGUCAUCAACACGUGAACAUCCGCCACCGGCAACUGGCGGCCCGCUGCCGCAACGAUAUACGCCAGUACCCACCACAACACCUCCGUACCCCGCCGACGUCGAGCGUGGCCUUGGUGACCCCACACCGCCCCACCCCAAAAAGCGACGGCUCCUUGAAUUUCUGUCUGAUACAGCCAGACUCGAAAAAACUCCACCGGGACACCGCCAGCCGCUUGGGCGUCUCGCGCUGACGUCAACAGCGAGCCACAUGGCGUCAAGCUCCCAAAUGGCCUCAGGCCCACCGCAAGUGCCUAGUCUAGCAGGGACACAUGGUAGACUGUCUGGGAGCGGCGGCGACAUCAUUCCGUCUUUGUCUCUGCCGCUCAAGAAGCGCCCACUGCGGGGACCUGCAGCUCCCCGCCACGCAGCGGCCGCCGCUGCCACGCCUCUUGUCCGGCAGCCCCCUUUCCGCUCGGGAUCGCUCGCGAGUGCGGGCACUACAUCUGGAACGCCAUCCCAGCCACCAUCUUCCAUGGAGCCGUCAGCACCUGCGUCGGCGCCUGCAGGUGACCCAGGUGUAGAACCGCGUGGACAGCUUCGCCCUCCAGAUCCCCACUGAUGCCUUGUCUCAUGCACUGCAAUCAGAGCAUCAGUGAUGAGCCGGGUACAAGGAUGUGAGCAGGCGGUUGGCAUGCGACACACCUGCGUCGACCCGAAAUCCUGAUAUGCAUAUCAUGCGGGAUCCUCGCCUCGAUUUCGGACUACAUAGAAGAUGGUGACCGAGGCUGCCUGGAAAGACAGACCGUUCGGUUGCCGGCGUUGGACACGAGACGAUGUAACGUCGCCAGUGUUUUCCCGCCCGCUCCACGUAACAGCAUCGCCACAUUAGUCACUAGUCCUCUCAUCCCCAUGACGUACAUGCGUGCGCCGAACACGCGUGUCUUCUUCAUCUAAUACUUUGCAGAAACACGUCUAUCGAUUUCUCUACAUUGGCUUGCGGAUGGGUAAAAGGCCGGAUAUACGCCAGACUGACGCCGGUCUGUUGUUCCCGUUCGUGAUGAGCCAUUUGUCGCGGUGGUCCGUGACUAUUCGCCCUUGCGCCUCACGCCGGGUCAACCAGCUUUAUCGCAUGUGCCACAGACAUCGAGUCGGGGAGAUGCACUUUUCCAUUCGGUCUUGAUGGCCGCGCCUGUCGUAUGUGGUGCG